GAAGACAGACAGUAGUGGAGGGGGAGGAGAGGGAGGAGGGGAGGAGGGGGUGUUUGGACAAAAACAGCCCAUCUUCUCCCUGGCUGUCUAAACAGACCUGGAUGAUGUGUGUGUGUGCGUGACACGGAGAGAAGUUUUUGUCAGACUGCAGCCAGCAUCUUCACCGGCCUUUCGGAAGCGAAGCGGAGCAGACUGCAGGGAUUUUUGACCUACAGAUCAGAGAAAAAGAAACACAAAGGAGGGAUUUUUUUUUUUAAAUUUACACGUCUUCCACAGAAACAGCCUGAUGCUGGCGGAGAGCAGACAGACGCCGGUAGCGGCCGCCGCCGUUGUGCACGGUCCCAGCGGAGAGGAGCAGACGGAGCCGUGCCCGCGCAGCGCCCUGCUCGACCAAAGCCGGCGGCACCGGACAGCGUUUACGCGCGAGCAGCUGUCCCGACUGGAGGAGGAGUACGGCAAGGAGAGCUACGUCUCCAGACCCCAGCGCUGCGAACUGGCCACGGCGCUGAACUUACCUGAGACAACGAUAAAGGUGUGGUUCCAGAACAGGAGGAUGAAGGACAAACGGCAGAGACACUCCUUGCCGUGGCCUCACUCUCUCAUCGACCCCCUGGGGGCGCUCCUGAUAGGCCGUGCCUCUCCUUCUUCCACCUUGCCAUACCCCUUCAUCUCGCCCCACCUCCCCCUCCACCACCACUACCCCCUAGCUCUCUCCUCAUCAGCAUCCUCCCCUCACAGUGGCUACAGCGCACCCAUGAGGACCCUGGAUGCACUCCGCCUCUCCCAGUACCACAACAGACCAGGAAGUCUGCCUCCAACCACAGCAGCCCUCUACCCUUCCACCAGCAUCGUGCACCAUCCCGCCUCAUGCCCCUGCCCCCUCUGCCUUCACUGGGGACCAGAGCAACUGCUCAAAGCCAGAGGGGAGGCACUGGGACUGAGCCAGCGUCGUAGUCCCAAGGCCAACAUCCAGCCUGCCAGUCUGGAGCAGGGGGAAGAGAUGGCGUAAAGAGAGAAACAGAGUUUCACUAGCUAUUGUGUAACUCUAAAUAACAGACAAGACUCACAAGCUCCUCCAAACAUGAACUGGAAACAAGCAAUUCAAAGGUCUUACCUAAAACAACGGCAAACAUAUGACACUGCUGAUUAACUGGAGGCAAAUGCUUAUUAGGGGAUAAAGUAGUAGUAGAUAGUAUUGGAAGGCUGUGCAAUUAUUUCAACAAAGUCAGUAGGUAGGGUACCUACCUUUUCAGUAGCAUGACCAACAUUUUGUCUGUGCAAACCUGCCAAAUUCAAUUUCAUUUGGAGCAUACUGCCAGCCUAAAGAUGCAUUCAUAAUCAACACCAAGCAAAUAUUUGUCUUGCUUUAUUUUCAUGACUUUGUCUUAUCUUUAAUUUUUUUUUGUUCCAUGUGUUUUUCUCCUCUCUUCCUCUAAACUCUUACUUUUUAUCUUUCCUUGUUUCAACAAAUCCUGUCUUCUCUCACCUUAUCAUUCUAUGAUCAUUCGCCUAUCAUUAUCAGCUCUUCAGAAUGAUUAGCUGUUAGAGCAUUCCUGCACUUUAAUGUAAACCAAAUACCUUCUAAAUCAACAGAUUUGUCACUUUUCACUAUAGGCAUUGUUUUCUGAGAUACUUUGGCCCUCAUACCUAAGCAGUGAUGUUUUUAAGAGCCCCCACUGGAAUUGAGUGCAAAGACCCAAACAAUGCAUAGUAUGCAAGUGUGCACAUAUUAGUUUGUGGCAGUGUGUUUGAUGUGAUUCAGCUUCAGAUUAGGUGAAGAGGAGAGAAGAUGAAGAGAAAAGAAACACAAAGGGACAUUUUGAAGCCAGCGUCUAUAAAAGAAAAAUUGCAAAGUAUAGACUUUAUUAAAUAUAUUAUGGUUUUGGAACUGAUAUUCAUUGUUUUCUCCGCUGUUAUACUAAUGACUACUGCUUUUAUUUAUUUGUACAACUGUAAAGUUUUAAGUUGCAUUCACUGACACAUUUGGCUGUUUUAUGGUAAAGAGAGUAGAGAGGACACGUAAAAUUCCUAGGAAACUAGAGGCCGAGUGGUUGUGUACAUCAGUUGUGCUUCUAGCAGAGUUUCAGUCAUUGUAUGAUCUUGUUAGAAUGUGUCUAUUGACAGGACUGAGUGCACAAAAUGUUUUUUAAUAACAUAUGGAAUAAAUUCUCAUCCAAAACUGUAA